CUGUCAGACGCUUGACUGCUCCUCUUCCAUUUAAGCAUCUUCUUUCCCCUCUCAAGAUACGCCCUACUCGGACCUACAUCUUUGCCCAGUUCCCAAAAGUUACCAUGGCCACCAUGGCAAAGCCUCAGAAGUUCAUGCUCACUAGCGGCGAGACCGACCCCGUCUGGAUUCACCUCGAGCCCUACAAGAAUCACCCUCGGUUCCCUAAGCUUGAACAAGACAUUGAGACUGACGUCUGCAUUGUCGGUUCUGGCAUUGCUGGCAUCUCUACUGCAUAUGAGCUUGUUGUUCGCGGUCACAAUGUUGUCAUGAUCGAAGCUCGCGAGGUUUUGUCCGGAGAGACAGGCCGCACAAGUGGACAUCUGUCGAAUGCGCUUGAUGACGGAUACGAGCAGAUUGAGAAGAAGCAUGGAUUUGAGGGAGCGAAGCAAGCAGCCGAGAGCCACUCUUGGGCUUUGGCCCGCGUUGGUGAGAUUUCGGAGAAGCUCGGUAUCAAGUGCGAGUACCGCCAGCUCCCCGGCUACGAGAUUUCGCAAUAUCCAAAGGGCCAGAAAGAGCAUGACGAUGAAAUUAAGGAAUUGAAGAGUGAGGUUGAAAAGGCCAAAAGCUUGGGAUUGAAUGUUGAGUACAGGGACAACUUUGUUGUGAAAGGAUGGGACGGAGCUAUUGACCAGCGCGAUGCUGUCAUUUUUCAAAAGCAAGCCACCUUCCACCCGACCCAAUACCUCAUUGGCAUUCUCAAGUGGCUGAAGGAACAGCCCAAUUUCCAAUGCUACACUCACACCCGCAUGGCUUCCCUUGAAGAAAAGGGAAUCGAGGUGCUUGGAAUGGGCCGCAAGACGGUCAAGGUCGAGACUAUUGACGGAAAAACCAUUACUUGCAGCCAUGCCGUUGAGGCCACGGUCGUUCCUCUACAGAAGCUGAGCGUUGUUGCAGAGAUGGAGUACAACCGCACCUAUUGCAUCGCCAUCCGUGUCCCCAAGGGCUCCAUCGAAGACUGUCUCAUUUACGACAACGCCGACGCAUACAAAUACGUACGCUUCACUCAAUGUGACGAAAAGGACGACUACCUAGUCGUCGGCGGCUGCGACCAUAAAGUCGGCCAAGAAGACACUGGCGGCCGCUUCGAGGAGCUCGAGCAAUGGGUGCGCCAGCGCUUCACGCAUGCCGGAACCGUCGACUACAAGUGGAGCGGGCAGAUUUACGAGCCCGUCGACUACAUGGCCUUCAUCGGCAAGAACCCCCACCAAAAGCACACGUUCAUCGUGACAGGCGACAGCGGCAACGGGCUCACUCACGGCGUGCUCGCGGGCCGCCUUAUCGCCGACGAAAUCGAGGAGAAGCCCAACCCGUGGAGCAAGCUGUACGAUCCUAACCGCACCGGCAGCAUUGUCAAGUCGCUGCCCACGAUGCUUGCCCAUGACGCCCAGAUCAACAUGCAGUACAAGCGCUUCCUGCAGUCGGACAUCACGGACAUCGAGGACCUUGCACCUGGUACCGGCGGUGUCUUGAACCCCACGCUCUCGAAGCCCGUGGCUGUUUAUAAGGACGAGAACGGCCAGGCCCACCGCUUCAGCGCUCUGUGUCCCCAUAUGAAGGGCGUUGUUUGCUGGAACAACACGGAGAAGAGCUGGGAUUGCCCCGUUCAUGGCUCGCGCUUCAGUAAGGAUGGCGUUUGUGUCACUGGACCCGCCAAAAUGGGUUUGGGUCCAGAAGACGCUUCAGGUCAAGCUAUGCAGGACCAGGCGCUCAAGGGAACGUAAUGCUGGUAAUAUCGAGUACUGCUGUGUUGUUG